CAAAUACCUGGAAGAUCGACAUCGUAUUUAGCCAGCUUGGAAUUCGAAUAUUGAACGCGUUUUUAACGUAUAUUAUCAUUAAGGGGACUGUCACCGGUUUGAUAUUGGUUUGCAGGUAGUCAUGGUGCGAUAUAUCGCGUGUUUCACGUUCCUGGUGGCCUCUUUGUUUGUGGUGCCAAUGGACGCCUGGCAACCGUGGCGAGGGAAUCUGGUGUCGUAUAGUGAGGAAUUGGUGACAAGGUGUUUACUAUGCCUGUGUCAAUACCCGUGGGGAUGUUCCAUUUGGCGAGAGUUCAGCUGUACGGUUUGGGCAACGAAACAACGCUGUGCCAAUGGCUACGAACACAAUGGAAACUAUAACUGCAAUAUACCAAUUUGUUCGCCAAGAUGUCUAAACGGUGGCAGGUGCAUUGAACCAAACAUGUGUAGAUGUAACGAUCUUGCGAUUGGACCGUCCUGUGGGACUGAAAUCUGCUCACGUUACCACCCUUGUUAUCCCGGAGACUGCUACGAGAACUCGAAAUGUAAUUGCACUGAAGGCUUUGAAAAGACGACAUCUAAUCCCUUGCCUAGAGAUCCCGGCUGCAUGAAAAUUGCUAACAACAACACACCCUUUAUCGGAAGAUCAACCGCGAUAAUAUCACACUUCCGGAACACGCGAGAGGAGCUUCUUUACUUCUUCCAGUUAGAUGCCACAGAUGAGGAUCCACAGAAAAGAGUUGUCUGGAGCAACCAGCAGGUUUUUAACUACCUCUCAUUUCAGUUCGAAGCCCGAUACGUGGAACCGCAAACAAUGCCCGAAAGACCAACGUACGUGCAUGACUUCAAAUACGGAAUCGUAGGUGGAAAAGUGGAAGUCAAGGUGUUCGAUUUUAAAAAAGAGAGCGCUGGUCAGCGUGGGACCUACAGCUACACAUGUCCUGGUAUCAUCGUGUCUAAUCCCACGCAACUAAUGAACUGUUCCAUCCCAGACAAACCCUUCAAGACGCUGAUCGAGCACGGAGACACCAUGGUAGUGAAACUGACGGCAUACAGCGGGGGCCAGCGCAAAAUUGUAUUACCUGAUGUCAAUGUCCGCCCUGAGAGCAUCAUUGGUACCGAGUACACGAAACAGAUGGAGUUCAAGUUUGACUUUGAGCCCGCUGUGCACUGUAGUAAGAACUCAACAUUCACCUGUCAGUAUAACGCAAAUGCCCUGAAGGUUACGUCAGACUUCACCAAGACGCCGAUAGUGUUGGAAUGGAAGGGUUGGGUGGACACGGACCAAUACUCUGCGGGGGUGGGGGCGUACCGCCUGGAGCUUCACCGGCUCGAGGUCAAGGACGCGACAUUGGAGCUCACGGAGGCUAACCCAACCUUGCCCGUCAUGGAGAAUCGCGUAAAUCACACGGGGGGAACUACGGUACAGAACUUGUUCAGUACCACAUUCACACCGCCAGAACCAGGAAUGUACAGCAUCGUGAUGGAGGUGACGGACAACGCCAACAACUCCAUCUUCACUCGUCGGUUCGCCCUGUACGACAACGUAUCCAGCGUGACUACCAACCCUCUCAGUGCGCAUGGUCUACAUGCAACUUCCGCUGCAAAGGAAACCGGUUACCGCUGGCAGAUGGAAACUAAGUCGGUCAAACUGAACUGGACGGACUAUUUUGUGAACAAAGUUCAUCACGAAAAGAAGUUCCUGAACAAAAUCAAAAAGUUCCCAACUCUUUUUGACGACCUCGAAUCAAUUGGAAUCCGAAACGUGAAAAAGUUCGUGUUUGACUCCUACGAUGACACAGAGGGCCCCAGGACAAUGGACGCUAUUCCUAACGUCAAUGGGAUUACGCGAUUCGAUUACGGUUACGUUUUAAACCAGGCCAGUGAGCAAGCCCCUACCAUGUGGAACACUGGUUUAACGCAGAACGUUGAUCUUCCAGUGUCAACCAAUCACGGUGACACUGUAACGUUAUGGGUUCGUGCGUUCGAUAUACUUGGCAACAUGUUGGAGAAGAAGACAACAGUUACUAUUGAUGUCACGCCACCGGAGAUCGUCUCCAACCUAGCUGAAAACAAAACAUCUUCGUUCACGCCAAAUGCUGGAAAGACGGAUGGCGGCUAUUACUAUAGCAGUUACGAGUUUUACGCCCGAGAUAAAGAGAGCGGCGUAUACCAGAUAGAAUUGGAUGUUAACAUCACCAUGGCGGAUAUCGGCGUAGUUCGCAGAUUCCAGCAGGUGGUGAAUGGCAGCAUGGACAAGACCAAGUCGCCAUCUGACUCGGCCUGUGUACCGUCCAAAGACCCGGUCACCUGCUUCCUGGAACGACAGAAUGUCCGCCUGGACAACUGCUGGUUUCUGGUCCCGAAGAAGGACUACAGCAUCAAAGCGGGAGCCACUGUGACAGUGCGUGCCUUCAACCAGGCGCGACAACCGGUCGAUACACAGUUCGAGAUCAAACGGCUGAACUCAUUGAAAGGACUCGAAAUAUAUUCUGGGCCUGAGAACAUCCGGAUCACCAACAAGAGGCCAGACAGCUUCAGGAUCCAGUGGGACCUUCCUACAGUUCGUUCGUGCUACGAUAGUCAACCCAUCGUCAUAAAUAUAGCGUUCUUUGAUGACACGCAGCCCAAGAAAUACUAUCUGACCAGCACCACGACCUUCCUGGAUGUCGCGGGUUUGACGCCAAACACGGUGUAUAAGAUCUCGUUCUACACGCAACUGGGUAGUGAGUCAGACGUGAGUGAGGCGUUCGCGCAGAAAUCAGUACGAACAGAGGAGCAAGAAGGUGGUGGUGUUCCACUGAUUGGUAUAAUUUAUGCCGUUAUAGGGGUUUUGGCUGUUGUUGCCAUCGUUGUCCUUUUAAUGGUGAUACUCAUCCGCUGUGGUGUGAUCCGACCUGGUGAACGCGUCCGUGUGGUCGGGCGAAGGAUAUCUCGGCGGGUUCGUCAAAGCCGUAUGUUCAGAGGCGAGGCACACAACAAUCCGUCUUAUAGUACACCGCGGGCGAGAUCAAUGGGCGCCGAGGAACUUUACCUGUACGGUGGCAUGGACACGUAUGCAUCGAAGUCAGUCCUUAGUCGCAAUGAUAUUGUGUUCGAGUCUGUCAUCAAGUCCGGACACUUUGCUAACAUCUACAAAGCAAAGUACAAGGGAAAAACUGUGGUGGCUAAAACACUAAAAGAGAACUACGCAACCAAGGACGAGUUCCUUAUGAAGGCGAAAAUGAACUUCUCAUCAGAGAAGGUUGGGGACCAUCCCAACGUAUUAAAGUAUUUGGGAUCCGGCCUUGAUGACACGAGCAUGGGACCUUUCGUCCUGUAUGAGUACUGCGAGAACGGUACGUUGAAGGAAUACCUGGUUCAGCACAAGUCCAACGUUACCAUGGAGAUCCAGGAGACCCUCUUUCGAAUUGGACGCGACAUCGCCAUGGGGAUGGAAUACCUGGCUGGAAAAGGGAUAACUCACCGCCGCCUAGCGGCACGCAACAUCUUGCUUAACUCCUUGAAAGAAGUUAAGAUCUACGGCUUCGGACCACAACCGGAAGAAGAAGGUGACGGAGAUGCAGAGAGCGGCAAAAAGGAGAGAAUUCCAAUCAAGUGGAUGGCGCCUGAAUGCAUGACGUCAACGAAAGAUGCAGACCAGAAAAGUGAUGUGUGGUCGUUUGGCGUAGUCCUGUGGGAAGUUUUUACUCUUGGAGAGACCCCGUUCGAGAAAGUGAGAAGCCGAGACCUGCUUGACAGACUGAAGAAAAAUGUGCGUCUGCAUAAACCGGACCACUGUGAUAACGUGUGGUACGGCGUGAUGACCAAAUGCUGGGCAUUUCAGUCGAAGAAGCGACCAACGUUUGCUGACAUCAGAACGGAGCUGGACACUGUGUUUGUUGCCUCUCCUGGAGAUGACUACUACUACUAUAAACGCUAAGCGAGUUCUUGACCAUAUGAACGCGAGGUCCUAGUUCUACUUCUAAAACAUUUUGUUUUGUUAAAGUAUGUGUAAUUGUGUGUAUAUGCAUUACCCUGUUACUAAAUUUAGCUUUCCGUCUUCUUGAUUACUCUGGCGCAAAGGAUAAAUAUCGUGUCUGCAAUUUAUAAUACUGGCUUAUAACGUUAUAACGUUAUCACUAGCAUUUACAAUAUAAUAAAAUAUAUAGCAGAAUAA